AAACCUUAAGAUCUAAAGCCAACAUGUAAUUUCCCCUUCAACUCUUCUACGUACUUGCAGGAUCUAGCGUGAUUAAUUAUAGCCAUCAACGCCAUUAUCGGAUUGGAAGAGUUAGAGAUAUCGUCCUUACCUAUAGGAAGAGAGAGGCCGAUCUGAAGCUAUGGGGUCCGGCGAACAGAGGACACGAUGAACGGAGGAACUGAUGCGGCGUCGGCGUCACUCCCGUAUCUGCCGGUUGUUGUUUCCGUAGGUGGUUUGUGAUUUCGAAGAGCUGAGGGAUAUCUUUUGGUCGAGGGAAAGGAGUUGAACAAGUGGAGGAGGUACCGGCGAUGGGUUUGGUCGUGCGAGGAGGGAAGAAGUGAUUGCAGGCGGUGGCGCUACUAGCUUGGGUUUUAUUAGUUUUUAGAUUUCGCUAGGUAUAAUGUAUAUAUAUUCACAUAAAGAGAGGGAGAAAUCCCCACCUGUUGCCGCUGUGUUGAUUAGUUUAGGGUUAGAUAGAGUUAAUUAAUUAAUCAUAGUAACUAAAUGAGGAUAAAUUUGGAAAUUCAUGAAAAUUCUAGGUAUCGGGUGUGAGAUUUAGUAUGUAACACCUUAGACAAAUUCCACAUUGACAAAGCACGGGAGAGAUGCAUGGUUCAUAAGUAGGAAACCGGCCUUAACUGACAAGAUGCGUUUUGGGAUGUAAUGGAGGAGUUCUUGUGAGAACUCCGAAGUUAAACGUGUUCGGUGUGGAGUACAACAAGGAUGAAUGACUUUAUGGAAAGUCACUCUGAAUUGCACUCAAGUCGAAAUCCAUGCGGGUGUAGAGGCCCAAAGCGGACAAUAUCUUAUCGGGAAAAGGUUCGGGAUGAUAAAAGUGGUAUCAGAGCCUCUUUGCGUCCCUCUUGAACGAUGGUGGGGCAAACCUCAACGAGGGAGUUGAGUCCCAAGGGGGGGGGGGGGGGGGUAUGUAACACCUUAGGCAAAUCCCACAUCGACAAAGCACAAGAGAGAUCCAUGGUUCAUAAGUAGGAAACCGGCUUUAACUGACAAGACGUGUUUUGGAGUGUAAUGGAGGAGUUCUUGUGAGAACUCCGAAGUUAAACGUGCUUAGUGUGGAGUACAACAAGGUUGGAUGACCUUAUUGAGAGUCACUCUGAUUUGCAACCCAAUUCGAAAUCCGUGCGGGUGUAGAGGCCCAAAGCGGACAGUAUCUUGUCGGGAAAAGGUUCGGGAUGUUACAAGUGGUAUCAGAGUCUCUCCGGGUCCCUCUUGAACGAUGGUGGGGCAAACCUCAACGAGGGCGUUGAGUCCCUAGGGGGUGUAUGUAACACCUUAGACAAAUCCCACAUCGACAAAGCACGGGAGAGAUCCAUGGUUCAUAAGUAGGAAAUCAUCAUUAACUGACAAGACGCGUUUUGGGGUAUAAUGGAGGAGUUCUUGUGAGAACUCUGAAGUUAAACGUGCUCGGUGUGGAGUACAACAAGGAUGGGUGACCUUAUGGGAAGUCACUCUGAAUUACACCCCAAAUCGUAAUUCGUGCGGGUGUAGAGGACCAAAGCGGACAGUAUCAUGUCGAAAAAAGGUUCGAGAUGUUACGUAAGUCUUAAAUGACUUUUUUUUCUUACAAGAAAAGUCUUAAAUGGUUGAAUAUUACACAAACAACAUUUUUAAGAGGAGGUGGAAGACAUUACAUAAGCAUGUGAAUUGGUAAGUAGGGGGUGUAAGUCAACAUGGUUAUGAUUAACCUUAAAACAUAAGUUAUUUUGUACUUACUAAGUAAUCGUCAUUUGCUAAACUUUAUUGGACGUUCCAAAGGGACAAGUUCUUGGAUUUAAAGAGGAAACUAACGAGCAAGUGGGCGAACAUGUAGUUGAGUAUACUCAAAACUAUUUUGUUUUGAGAUUUUUUCAUAUUCUCCACUACAAGCAAAGACGCAUUGAAGAGUAUGGUUUUGGCUGUGCUCAGAGAGCAUAACGCUAUGCCAGAUAGACUAAUUUUGAUAAUCAUUUCCGAAAUAGGAAAAUCACUUAAACCCACAAGAAACCAUAUUUGAACGGCCAAGCGACAUAUGCAGAACAAGUGCUCUAGACUCUCUCGAUGCAUCCAACACAUAGAGCCCCGAAUUCACUCCUCUAGAAAUAUCACAUGGCAACAACUGAAGCUAAGACCACCUUUAGGCAUUCUACUUAGACAUAGAGCAUGAAAUAAGACAAUUUACUCUCCUCAGGAUCAUAUGGCAACAAUUGUAGCUAGGUUACUAAUAAUAAUCCUAGCUGAGUUUAUCAGAGUUGGUGCCCCCAUUCUCCACGUCGAUCUUUGAUCAAUAAACAACAUUAUGGAGCUAGCAAUAACAUCACACUCUUUGAAAGCCACCCACUCUAACCACCCCAAUCAAAUUUACCCACCCACCCACCCAAUUCCCUGACCUAACCACGUCUCGUCCUCUCCAUAAAACCAAACCUAUAGCUCCCCGCUCACAAAAUCGUCACUUCCAUGCAACUUAAAACGACAAACAUGGACUCUUCUUCUUCCAAGCUUUCGCCACCUCUGCACCGUCUCAUCAUCGUCUUCACGCUCCUAGCCAUCAUCAUCAUCCCGCUGAGCUCCUACCCCGCCGCCGCCCAACCAUCUUCCUCCGACCAAGCACCACCCCCACCGCCGCCGACAUCCGAGCUCCCCGGCGACAACGGUCUUAACACGAGGUGCACCAUCGACAUCUACCGCCUCGCCGUGUGCACUCCGCUGGUCGGCCUCGACAUCGGCAGCCUUACGACCAGACCGUGCUGCGGGAUGCUGCUGGGGCUCAUAGACAUGGAGGCCACGGUCUGCCUGUGCAUGGCGUUGAGAGCCAACGUGCUGGGAAUGCACCUGGAUAUCCCCUUGGCUCUCGAUUUGGUGCUCUCCACUUGUUACACCACCGUUCCCCACUACUUCCAGUGUACUGUUACCUGAUUUUCCUGCAAGUUGUUGGGCAGGACGAUGAUCGGUUGCUUCUUUUUUUGGGUCAAAUAUGAUGUAUGUUUGCCAAGGAUACUUUAAUUUUAUCAUAUUAUGAAGUGAUCGACUACGCAAUGUCGUAAUCAAUGUUUUUCUUAUACUUCGUGUCAGUUCACUUCAUAUGUUGUGGUUAAGAGUCUGAAUAUUAGGGGUGUUUUGGAUUUGGUUUAUUUUAAUCACCCGGCACAUAUAUUUCGAUUUUGAAAAUACUAAAUUCAAACCAACUUAAAAGAAUUAUAUCCCUAUGUGAUUUGUUUAUAAUUGGGCUGGGUCAGGUUGAAGAUAUUUUUAAUGAAGAACUCAACACAAAUAAGGCAACCAUUCUACACUACAAAUGUUGUUUGGAUUUUAAUUAAAUUUUUAAAUAAAUAAAUCGAGGCGGUAAGUAUCGAUAUGCAUAAAUGUUAUUUGGAUUUUAAUGAAAUGCAAUUUUUUUCAACAUGUCUAGUUCUGUACAUAAACAGUGAUUAUAAGCUAGCUAGUGCAUUUAUAAUAUAUAUUUCUUCUAAAAUUGUACACAAGAAAAAAUAUUAAGUCAAUCAUAAUUUAUAUUUAAUCUACGUCUAAAUUUUAAGUUGAAGAAUGUAUUAGACUAAGGAAACCCACAAGAAAAAUAUAUGACAAGAUAUAUUGGGCCCGUUUGGAUGGAGGAUUUUAAUACGAGGGAUUUAUGAGGGAUGUGUUCCCAAAUCUCUCGUUUAAAAAACCAGAAAAUUUAAAUGAGUUAUUUGAUUAAAAUUUCUUGUUUGGAUGUGAAUGAGGUAUUUGUAAGUGAUAAUCAUAAUUACAAAAAAAUCCUUGUCAUUCUAAUGCUUCUCCUUCGUUGCCAUUCUUAUGGCUCUCUGCCGCUGUCUUCUUCUUCCUCAAUAAGCAAGCACAAACUACAGCAAGCACUAAUAUGGAAAUCGAACAACCUGUGGCCGGCACAAAAUCAAAACCCAACACGAAUCAAUCCCCAAAGCCCCCAGAAAUUGAAACCCCGAAAACCAUGACGAAUCAAAAUCCCAAACCCCAGAAACUGAAACCCUAAAAACCCAGAUUGGGAUGGGUUCAUCAAUGGCGGCUGAGAUGAUGGGUACUUGGGUUCGCCUAGGUUGAUUGCAGUGGGGAUCUUCUUGGGUUCUGGGUUUGCCGGCUGGCUUAGGGGAAGAAGAGUUGUGGCCGGAGGAGUUGAGGAAGAAGGUCGGCGAUGGUGUGGUGACGAUAGAAGAAGAAGGGGGUAGGAAGGGGUAAUAGUUGGAAGAAAAAAUAGAAUAGUGAGGAAUUUUGAAACAGCUUAUCCCCAUCAGCUAUUUUCAAAUCCUACAUUUGCAGGUUUUCGAAAUCUCCCAUGAUUAAAAUCUCUCAUUUUUUUUAGCCUUUCCAAACGUAGGAUUGUGACCAAAUCCGGGAAGGUGAAGGAUUGUGGACAAAUCCUGCAACACAAUCCCUCAUCCAAACGACCCCAUUAAGUUUUCUCACAAAUCUUUUUAGUUACGACACAAAUAUGUUUCAGAUACAAACACUUAUGACAAUAGUGCAACACUGUUUGGGUCGGGUUCUACAUGUUGAAUGACCCAAAAUGCACACCCAACCCAAUAGAAACGGGUUGUACAAAAGAUAUUCUCAGUCAACUUUAACGAUGAAUACAAGUGAACUAGAUCG